AUGCUGGUAGGAAGACUACAAAGAAUCCACGAGAGGUGUGAACUGACCCCUUACAGCAACAAGUUCGGUAUAUGUGGACUUGGACCCGACUUCUGUGGCGACGAUGUUUGCGUCGCUGGGUGUGAUUCCAAGGCAGAGUGUGAUCCGGGUUUUGGAUCCAAAUGGUCUGAGAAAUCCGGUUGCCCACUGAAUUUGUGCUGUUCCAAGUUUGGAUUCUGCGGCGUGACCAAGGAGUUCUGCGGAAAUAAAACCGUUACGCAUAAGACGUGCAGCAAGGAUGGUUACCUCUCGCGGGUUGUAGGCUACUACGAAGGCUGGAGCACUCGGCGAGCCUGUAACACGUUUUGGCCUGAGAUGAUCCCACUGGGAGUCUACAGUCACAUCAACUUUGCUUUCGCUACUAUUGACCCCGAAACAUACGAAGUGCUGCCUGCCGACGAGGCGGAUAUACCACUAUACGAACGCCUAACGACCUUGAAGCGAUAUGAUCCGGACCUGAAGGUUCUGAUUGCGUUGGGAGGUUGGACUUUCAAUGACCUAGGACUGAUAGCCACUGUUUUCUCUGACAUUGCGGCCUCUGCGGAAAAACAGGAGAAAUUCUUCAAAUCCUUGGUCUCAUUUAUGUCCACGUACGAUUUUGAUGGAGUAGACCUGGACUGGGAAUACCCCGAAGCAGAUGACCGCAGUGGAAAGCCAGUGGACUAUGAUAAUUUUCCUAAAUUUCUGGCCAAUUUGAAGAGCACCCUUGAUAAAACACCUGGGCGAAACGAGUUGUCGAUUACUCUUCCCGCCUCAUAUUGGUACCUUCAGCAUUUCGAUCUCAAGAAACUGGGGAAACAUGUCACCUUAUUCAACAUCAUGACGUACGACAUGCAUGGGACCUGGGACCGUGGCAACAAAUGGACUGGCGAAUACUUGAACGCCCAUAUCAAUCUGACGGAAAUUAAGAAUUCGCUGGAUUUGCUCUGGCGCAAUGAUGUCAAGGCCGAGCAAAUGGUGAUGGGUCUUGCAUUUUACGGCCGUGGAUACACUGUUGCAAGCCCGUCGUGCGUUGAACCUGGCUGUCUGUAUCUCUCUGGAAGUGUGAAAACGAGUUGCAGCCACGAGACAGGCAUUCUGCUUAACAGCGAAAUUGUAGAGACCACGCAUACCAAAGGGUUGUCAUCGAAGCUCUGUAAGGACGUGGCUGUCAAGUGUCUGGGUGGUGUCAUGGUAUGGGCAAUCAGCCAUGAUACGAAGAAUGCCACUUUCAGCGAAGCCCUCGCCAAAGUGUCUAACCGCCGAGCUAUCGCACAGCGUCAAGUGGAGGAUCAAGACCAUAGCACAGAUACAAUCGAGUACGACACGUGCAAAUGGAGCAACUGUGGUGAGCCCUGUCCUGCGAAAUGGAAGAUGGUCGGGCGCGACGACGAAUGGAGAAACGACAAAGAUGGAUAUAUGCUUGACACAACCGGAUGCAACGGUGCAGGCGUCCGAUCCUGGUGCUGCCCUCCCACAAAGCUCCCUAAAUGUGGUUGGUACAGCUUCGAAAACGGACACUGCCACGCUCAAUGCCCAGACGGGAGGGCUGCCUGCUGCACUACCGAGGACGACGAUGGCAAUGAGCUAAUGAACAUGGUCCUUUACAAUGCAAUGAAAUGGGGAGAUUCGCCGUCUUGUGAUUUGGGGGCAUGCGGUGCCAAAGGCACUGACACGCCAGAUGUACUGGUUGAAUCGGCAACAGGUAGCGGGGGGUCCUAUUGCCUGCCAGGCGAUGUGUAUAAGGACGGCGUGUUCCCAAAGCAGCAGCUGACAGAACGCAAGUUGUGGACAAGUGGCCAAAGGUGCUGGUCUGGAUGUCCGGAAGACACCGUCCGCGUUGCUAUGGACACAUACAACGAAGACUGCUACGCCCAUGGUGGCAAGGCCUUCUGCUGUAAUGCUAUCUACUAUCUGGUCAAGAAUAGCAUCUGCGGUGUCGACUGCGCGUUCCUUCUCAAUUACUUCACGCAGGACGUCUUGGUAGAUCCACCCCGUCUUCCAGGAGGAAACAACUUCAAGGCAUCAUCAGACCGCUUUAUGGACCCCCUUGGCAGUAAUCAGCUUCGAAAUAACUUCCGGUUGCUUGAUAAAGCCCUCAACACCUUGAAAGGAAAUUCAGAAGGUAGAGACGAGCUCGAGAAGAGAAUGAACAAUAUUUUGCGUGCCAAAAGAAUUGGCGAGGGGCUCAGUGUUGUGCGUGAUGUAAGUAAUCUCCCCGAUGCGAACGUGAACGAUCUCUUUCUAUACAACCUUAUGAAAGAGAUAGCCGAAGAAAGCCAUGAGUUUGUGAAGAAAUAUCUGGCAAGCUUCAUAACGUACUGGGGCAAGAGCAACAAACCAGGGGACAAGGAUUGGCAGGUGAAAAUGGAGCAGGUCCAAGAAUUCGUCAACGCGAUUGAGAAGCAGCUGGACAAGAUCCAUAUCAAUCUGAAGGAUCUAUUCUAA